UAACAGUUGAUAAAAUAGCUAUAUCAAAGGAUAUCAAACGUAAUCGCAUUUAUUAGCUCACCUGCUGGCUAAACAUCAGAAAACGAAACCUAUAGGAAACGUCUAGCUAGACAGCUAUCUACUUUAGUUAGAUGCUAGAAAGUAAUUCUUGACGCAGAUAUCAACAACUUCUAUAGUCACAACGUAAGCUCCAUUGUUGACAAAAAAUGCGAGCCAGAAAUAACUUGAAUUUAUCAGCUCCGUUUGUCAGCUACAAAUGUAUGCUAGCCCACUACACUAGCCAAACAGAACAACCGGGGUCAUUAUUAUUAUGGUUCCAUCGGCUGAAUGGCAGGCAGACAUUGCCUGAAGUUACAUUUUGACGGAAAUGUAUCACCACACCUCACGUUAGCUGAGGAUGUUACAACUCAGUCACAUGAAAGAAUUAUUACUCAACAGGAACCACAAUGAAAAAUAAACUUAUGGGGGAUGAGAGAUAGGAAGGCUAGCCCAUAGAGUCUGAGACAACCAAUCAACAACUGCAGAGGGACGGACCUGCUGCGAAAAUAUUAAACUGUGUGAGCAACCUGCCGCGGCAACGGAGAGGACAAGACAGGCAACGCACGCGUAGUACAGCAUCACUUCCAAUAUAAUUCGAGCCCCCUUGUUCAGAUGAUGCUUCCUCUUGGACUCCUGCCUCUGCUCUUGCUGUGGGGGUCUGGUUGUCGGGCAACGGACGUUCCCGAGGAUGUGACCGCCGAGUUCUCUGUCAGACUGUACCACCAGCUGCAGGCCACGGGGGGAGACGACAACAUCAUCUUCUCCCCCCUGAGCGUGGCGCUGGGCCUGGGCAUGGUGCAGCUGGGGGCCAGAGGAGGCUCCUUGGCGGAGAUCCGACAGGCCAUGGGCUACAGCCACUUCAGAGACGACGAGGAGCUCUCCCUCCUGCGGAACCUGACCCAGGCGCUGUCGGUCCGUGAGGAGCAGUACGUGCUGAAGCUGGCCAACUCCCUCUUCCUGCAGCAGGGCGUCCACUUCAACCCCGACUUCCUCCACCUCAUGAAGAAAUACUUCCGGGCCGAGGUCCAGACGGUGGACUUCGGGGAGUCGGCAGCUGUGGCCGAGCGCAUCAACAGCUGGGUGGAGAACCACACCGAGAGCAAAAUCCGGGAGCUCCUGUCGGCGGACGACUUCAGCAGCGUGACGCGGCUGACGCUGGUCAACGCCAUCUACUUCCGGGGCAGCUGGAAGAACCAGUUCAGACCGGAGAACACACGCACCUUCUCCUUCAGCAAGGAUGACGGCAGCGAGGUCCAGACCCUCAUGAUGUACCAGCAAGGAGACUUCUACUACGGAGAGUUCAGUGACGGCAGCACAGAAGCUGGAGGUGUGUACCAGGUGCUGGAGAUGCCCUACGAAGGUGAAGACAUGGGCAUGAUGAUUGUGCUGCCCAGGCAGGAGGUGCCACUGGCAACCCUGGAGCCCAUCAUCAAAGCCCCUCUGCUGGAGGAGUGGGCCAACAAUGUCAAGAGGCAGAAGGUGGAGGUCUACCUGCCUAGGUUCAAGGUGGAGCAGAAGAUUGACCUGCGGGACACACUGCAGGAGUUGGGCAUCAAGAACAUUUUCACCAAGGAUGCAGACCUCUCUGGCAUAACCACUGACAUGGCCGAUGGGAAGGAUCUGUUCAUCGGGAAGGCUGUGCAGAAGGCGUACCUGGAGGUGUCAGAGGAGGGGGCUGAGGGUGCUGCAGGAUCAGGUAUGAUUGCGCUCACAAGGAAUCUAGUGCUAUACCCCCAGGUUAUGGCAGACCACCCCUUCUUCUUCAUCAUUAGAAGCAGAAAGACAGGGUCCAUUAUUUUCAUGGGUAGAGUCUUGAGCCCUGAAGUCAUCGAAUCCAGCAUUCAGGACUUCGACGCCGUCUAAUCUUCAUGGCCUAUUCCUCUGGCAUAAAGUCCCUAACACCUUGAUUGUGUUCGUACUGUCUCAGAGUCUCAGAGCCUCAAAAGCACUCCACCUCACAGCACAGUAGUCUCACCGUCAUCACUCGCCAUGGUUUUAUAACCUUAUGACAACGCAUACAAUAUUAUCCAUAACAUGAUAAAAACUGAUGUGUUUUGAUACUGCAAGAUUUAACCACUUGGGAAAUGGAGAGUGCUAGAAAUAUAUGGAUGAGGUGAAGGUCAGCGUGACCUUGAGCAGCGGGGGAGCAGGACACAAACAAUACAUCCAUGGGUUAACCUCCAUUUCUGUGUUUCUGUAGGAGCCCUAUAGGCCAGGCACACACAUACUCUGCUACAAUUCAUCUUUUCUUGUAUAUUUGCUACUGUGUCACGUAGAGGACGUAGAUAUUUAUUGUGAAAUUAUUAAAAAACAGAUGUGAGCAGUAUUCUAUUUAAUCACUUUUGGAAUCUUUAAUUAAAUUGAUUCUCUCUCUCUCUCUCUCUUUCUCUUUCUCUCUCUCACUCUCUCUCUCUUCUUCUUCUCUCUAUAUCUUUCAUACUUCCUGAGGUUAUUGCUUUUAGUACAGUUAAACUGAGAUAUAUGCCUUAUAAGUUUCUGAUUGAGCAGAUGUGUACAGGUCAGUAAGGAGGUUAUCGUGCCAGUGUGGCAUUUCAUGUACAGGGAAUUUUAAAAAGAGCAUAUAACACCAGCUGUAUUCACUCUUUUGAGAAAUAAACACGAAUGUGUUGACACCCA